AUGUCCCGCCUUGCCUUCGCGUCGCUCGCCUUUGUCCUCACUCUCGCGCUCUCCGCGUGCGCAGGACCCAUUCCGCAGGACAUAGUCUCUUCGACGCUUAUUGCGCCCGCGACUGCGUCGACCGCAGCCGUGGAUGACGCGCUUCCCCCUCCGGCCUUCACAUUCGGUGAGCUCAUGUCGCCAGCGUCCUGCCGGUCCUCCGCAAUGACUAAACGCAUCCCAACAUUGGCAGCCCCGCGCCCAGCGUCUGACCCGCUCCCCUCGCAAACGCCCGGUACUCCCGCGAAGUUGGAGAUGGACUGGCUCAGCUGA